ACACCCAUCCGUGCCCGAUAUAAAAAGUCACACAUCAUCCCUCCUCGUAAAAAGAAACAGGUAGCUCACUCAAGAACGUAUCUCGUAACAUUUGGAUUUACCAACAGUCAACCAUGUCAGCGAGCCUAGGGUGCGUGAUCGCGGCGGUCGACGGCAGCGAAGAGAGCAUGAACGCCUUGAAAUGGGCACUCGACAACCUCAAGCUCCGAUCACCUUCUCCCGACUCUGACUCCGACUCCGGCGGCUCCUUGGUCAUCCUCCACGUUCAAUCACCGCCGUCCAUCACCACCGGCCUCAGUCCCGGUGCUAUCCCCUUCGGUGGUCCCAUUGAUUUGGAGGUCCCUGCGUUCACUGCGGCGAUUCAGUCGCAUCAGAAACGCAUCACAGAGGCCAUCAUAGCUCACGCUUUGCAAAUUUGCUCCGAUAAGAAUGUGAAUGUGAAAACACAAGUAGUUGUUGGGGAUGCAAAAGAUAAGAUUUGCGAGGCUGUUGAGGAAUUGCAUGCUGAUUUGCUGGUAAUGGGGUCUCGUGCUUUCGGUCCUAUUAAAAGGAUGUUUUUGGGAAGUGUAAGCAAUUAUUGCUCGAACCAUGCACAAUGCCCAGUGAUGAUAGUUAAGGGCACUUCUUGCAAGGCAUCAUAGUGAUGGGAUGCUUUUGUGGUGUGUUGCUGAUACUGCUCAGUCGAGUUGUGGUCCUGUAGUCAGUUGCACGUGAGAAAACUCAUUAACCGGCUAUGCCUCUGAUAAGUGCUACUCUUACCUCCUGCAUGCGAGCAUUUGGAGAAAAUGUUGUGGUUAUAUGUAGUUGUGUAAUGUUGUAUCUUGAUAAAUUAAUUAUUCUGUUGAGAAAAUUGGUUGCUUCUCUGGUUGUAUGUCUUGUUCUUCAGACUUGAGGCUUGUGUUUUUAUUUCUAAUGGUGCUUUGCCUUGUAAAUUUCCGAAAUAAACCUAAAUUAUUAUUUUGUUUGGAUUGUUUUCAAGCAAGUUAGAGUUUUUUGUUUAA